GCAGUCAUUCCACACGCGGAGUCACUGCGUGUCCUUUGACCUCCCUCGUUUCUAAAAUAGAGAAACGACCUUGUGGAGACUUGAGUCAUAGUUACAGUUGCAGUUUUGGCCGUCCGUCAAAGACUUUCUUACGUUGGGGCGUCUGAAGUAAAAAAGCCAGCAGGAGUCAACAUGUUUGUCACUCCAUCAGCACUGACUUGUACCGCGGACUAAAAGUUGCCUAAACGUUCACACUUGGAAGCCACGAGCUUCCUCGUUCAAGAAACUUGAAAGACUUUUAAUCUCUUCGGUUGCUCGUCUUAUGGGUGCUCUGUGCCUUACACAUUCCAAGUGAUGCCAGUUGAUCUGCAUCGACACGUUCGCCUGAUUGCUGCUGUCUCCAUUGACCAUUGGACGGGGAUGAGGUUGGAGGGUUGCCUGCAGUUUGUCCUGCUCAUGGCCUUGACCUCCAGAGCUGCAGGUCUCAAUAUUCCUCUGGAAGUGGAGCAGCCUCCCACCAUCAUAACUAAAACAUCCGGCACUGUUAUUGCACUUCCUUAUGACCUUACCAUAACUUUGAAGUGUGAAGCAAAGGGAAACCCAACACCAGAAUACAGAUGGACAAAAGACGGCAAAGAUUUUAUCCCUCCCCUUAACAGGACAGGCCACACAGGUGGCACUUUUGUGCUUCAAAACAAGCUUCUCGACGAGUUCCAGGGUAAAUACCGAUGCUAUGCUUCUAACAAGCAUGGAACAGCCAUGACGGAAGAGAUCAAGCUGAUAGUUGCGAGUGUCCCCAAGUUUCCAAAGGAGACAGUGUCUCCUAUUGUUGUUGAUGAGGGAGACCCAGUCAUCCUGCACUGUAACCCUCCUGAAGGCUCCACCGACCGUCAGAUCUACUGGAUGUCUAUUGGCCUCCAGCACAUUGAGCAGGAUGAGAGGGUUUCCAUGGGCAUUGAUGGCAACCUGUACUUCUCUAAUGCCUUACAGAAAGACAGUCGGCAGGACUACUGUUGCUUUGCUGCCUUCAACAAAAUACGCACCAUCGUCCAGAAACCCGCCCUGACUGUCAUGGUCAAGAGCUUGAAACCUGACAAUAAUUCUGCUCUCAGCAGCAAUACCACUCUGGCCCCCCCACUGAGGAUGCCUGGCCUGCUGCUGCCCCCUAGUGUUCAGUCAGAGAAGGUUCUGUUGAAGGGACAGAGUCUGGAGCUAGAGUGUAUACCAGAGGGAUAUCCCACUCCCAAGAUAACAUGGAUGAAAUUGGGGGACGAAAUGCCUCGAAAGACAAAAUUCAACAACUUUGGAAAACAGUUGACCAUAUCUGCUGUAGAAGAGAUGGAUGCAGGGAAAUACAUGUGUUCAGCCAAAAACUCUGCUGGAGAGGCUGUCCACUACUUUGAUGUAAUAGUUGAAGAGCCUCCUAAGUGGCUGACAGAGCCUCCUCAGAGCCAGCUGACUGUUAUUGGGUCUGAUGUUCACAUUAAGUGCUCGGUCAGCGGAAAACCACCACCAGACAUAACAUGGAGGAGGAAUAGUGAAGUUUUCAAAGAUGACCCGUUGAGCAACAGACGAGUGCUUGAUGACACUAUAGUGCUCCAUAACGCCACGCCAGAGGACAGUGCCGUCUACCAGUGUGAAGCCUCCAACAAUCAUGGCAAGAUUCUGGCCAACAUCAACAUCAUGGUCACGAAUUUGGCUCCGCAGAUAUUGACAAGAGACAACCAUAAUUAUGCUGUAGUCCUAGGAGGUGACAUCACCAUGAACUGCAAUGUGUUCGGCUCUCCUUUACCUUCUAUCUCUUGGACCAGAGAUGGGACUCAAGAAACUCUUGUCGGUGGACGUUUUUAUGAAUUCCAAAAUGGGUCUUUGCAAAUAACCAACGCAGAAAAAGACGACAGGGGGAAUUAUGUGUGUGUUGCAGUUAACACGGAGGGCAAGUCAGCUGCCAUUGCUGCACUGGAUGUGAAAGACCCCACCAGAAUAAUGAAUCCACCUCAAGACAUGCAGAUCAUCAGUGGGACCACAGCGCAGUUGAUGUGCCAGGCAGAGUAUGAUCAAAGCCUGCGCAGCACCUUUGAGGUGAUAUGGAUGAAGGACGAGGAGGAGAUCCCACUUUCCUUUGAGAGAAAUUCAAGGUUCAGACACGUUGUGGACGAUGGGAUGCUGCAGAUCAUGAAUGUUAACCUGAGUGAUCAGGGAUUAUAUACAUGCAUUGCUAGAACCAGCCUAGAUGAGGUCAAUGCAACUGGUCUGCUCACCGUACUGGACGUUCCAGAUGCUCCCAAAAAUGUUGAGAUAUCUGAACUUACGGAUCGGAGGAAUGUUAGUCUGUCUUGGGUGCCUGGCAAUGAUCACAACAGCUCUGUAGCAGAGUUUAUAGUCGAGUUUGAGGAGAGCCAAUGGGAGCCUGGCAGGUGGAAGGAGCUACAAAAAGUCCCUGGUAACCAGGCAACAGCUGAGCUGGCACUACAGGGGCACCUUAACUACCAGUUCAGAGUGUAUGCUGUUAAUGCUGUUGGACCUGGACCCCCUAGUGAGCCCACUGAGAGAUACAAAACACCCCCUGCCGCUCCUGAUAGGAACCCAGAAAAUAUCAAAAUUCACGGCCAUCUUCCUGAUCAAAUGGAAAUCAGCUGGGAGCCCCUGCUGCCAAUCGAACACAAUGGCCCAGGCCUUGAGUACAAGGUGAGCUACAGGAGAACCGGGGUGGGAGAUGACUGGAGCUGGAAUCUGGAAAAAAGACAUUCGUUCAAUGUAAAGAACACGUCCACUUAUGUCCCAUACGAGAUUAAAAUUCAGAGCAGGAACAGCCACGGCUGGGGACCAGAACCUAAAGUUGUUACUGGUUACUCGGGAGAAGAUGUCCCUACUUCAGCCCCGCGGGAUGUAGCAGUGGAGGUGAUCAACACAACUGUGCUGAGAGUUAGCUGGACCCCAGUUCCACAAGCCACUGUGAGAGGUCAUCUCAGGGGCUACAAUGUUCACUGGGUGAGAAAACAGAGUCUGCUGAAUCCAAGUAAAAUUUUAGAUGAGCGCCACUCCCUCUCUUUUCCUGGAAAGAGGAAUCAUGCCAUUGUGCCACAACUUGAACCAUUCUCCGAGUACAGACUCACUGUAAAUGUUUACAACAAGAAGGGCAAUGGGCCCAACAGUGACCCGGUCACCUUCAACACCCCAGAAGGAGUUCCCAGGCAGGUGCCCAUCCUGACUGCUUCCAACGCCCGGACAGACUCCAUUCUGCUGGUUUGGGGUCCACCACUGGAAACAAAUGGCAUCCUGACUGGGUAUCUACUGCAGUACCACCUCCUUAAUGAGACCACACUGGAGGUGGUUGAUUCCCAGGAGAUAAACAUCACUGGGGCUGACACCUCCCAGUGGCGUCUCCAGGGCUUAAAGGAUGGCAGCCUCUACCGCUUCCAACUCAGUGCGUGCACUCAAGCAGGUUGUGGACCUCCGCUGGCCCAGGAGAGCAACACUGUUGAACAAGCCCAUUUGUCCCCAACUCCAGCUGUGGCCCCUGAUCAGAGCUGCCACAACUGCUCUCUCUCCUUUCCCAGCUCUAUCCCAGGCAAUUCUACUCAUCCUCCUUUAGUUCCAGCCCUGUUGAACAUAAGCUGCUAUGUGAGUGACACAUUUGCCAAAAUCAGCUGGACUGCCAUAGAGGAGCAGCAGGACUCGCAGCUUUAUGUGGCUUAUAAGAAUAACCGUGAAGCUAUCUGGAGGAUUUCAGAGGCUGUAAACACUUCUCAAAGUUUCCACAUAAUUGAUGGGCUCAAACCCGGGAUGGAGUACACCGUGCGCCUCAUGGCCAACAGGCUGCUCGAUAACACUAGUAUUUUCGAAGAAGUUAUCCAGACAAGAGUCCAAGGUGUGGGAGGGCAGAAGAGCGAACUUUCGACCCAAGGCUGGUUCAUUGGGACCAUGUGUGCUGUGGCGCUCCUCACACUCAUCGCCCUAAUGGCCUGUUUUGUGCGGAGAAACAAAGGUGGCAAGUAUGCAGGUACGCCGCCGCCUCCUGAGCGACAAGACAUGUUCUCCAUGGAAAAAGUGAAAGCGAAGGAGGACCUCCACCCUGACGAAGUGUCACAAGGAAUGAAUGAUGACACCUUCUGUGAAUACAGUGACAGUGAGGAGAAGCCACUGAAGGGCAGCAGCUUGUGUUCUCUGAAUGGAGAUGACAUAGGGGACAGCGUCAGCCGAGACAGCCUGGUCGACUACGCAGACGGAGAAGGAGAAUUCGAUGAGGACGGUUCAUUUAUCGGAGAAUAUUCCGGACGCAAGCACAGAGGCUCUGUUAGCGAGCCCAGCGGACCCAAGCCAGUCACUGCAUAAAGCCAGGCUCCGGUUGAAACGGUCUGCUUCAAAUCCUUUCAAGAUACUUUUCAAAUUCAGCUUCCCUGGCAUUAAGUACAGCUCCAAAAGCCAAAUAUGAGGGAAUAAAAAUGACUAAAAUGUGCAGGAGUUUUUACAGCAGACAGAACUUUGCCCAAGGACUGGAGAGGAAAAAGUACACCCACCAUACAAACGUGUGAAUACUGUGUGAGUCUGUGUACAUACUGUGAGAGAAUGAUCUUUAUCAUGUGUUUCAUAUCAAUAAUCAAGUAUUUUUUUGUACCUAUCAGAGACAAUAAUCAUCCAGAUACAUUGAUUUUAAUAAUUAAAAAAUAUUUUUCUAUAAGAUAAAAUCUCUAAAAAAUAAACAUGGAACAUACAAAUAAAAUAAACUUGGAACAUAUAAUGUUUGCAGUUAAUCAGAAUAAAACACAAGAAAAACUGACAGUAGAUAGCAAUUCAUAGCAUGUGUCCGUUCAUUUACCACACAAAGCAAAGCAAGGUUUUUCUUUUGUACAUUGACGCUGGAAUCACUAUCAUGAAAUUGAGCUGAUAUAUUUACAUGGAAUUCCAUUUUGUCCAUUUAUGUAAAUGAGUUUUCUUUAUUUUGUGAAAAAAAAGGAUAAUUGCUUUUUUUAAGCACAAUGUUGUUGUUUUUUCAUCUUGUCAAUAAUAUUUUCAAACGUUUUAUAUAUUAAUGAGGAUACACAUAUGCAUAAAAUCAACAUGAGAAACAGAAAAAGUGACAUUUUAAUCCCGCUUUACAUCCACCCAUCAACCUGAGCCUGGUUGGUAAGUGGAAGUAAAGCGGGAUUAUAUACAGCAUAAGUUAGUUGACAAGAAGGUUAACGUGCCAGUUGUUUUUCUGCAUUUAUCUCUGGGAUUUUAUCACAAAACAUUUAUUUAAAAGACUCAUCAACACAGCCAUUUGUGAGUGACUUUUUAUUCUAGCCUCUCGGAUUGGACAAGUCAGAGUAAAUGGUUAUUUGACCCUCUUGUUCGAAUUGUGACUUUUUUUUUUAUCAUGCUCAGUCUGUGAGUUGAGUCAUUCCUUUAAAAAGAUCAGACUGCUGGGCUGUUUCUAAUCUUAAAACUGUUCAUGUUGAGACUUCCUACCCUGUUCUUUUUAAAACUUGGUUCAAUGACUCAUCAGUUUCUAUUUGCUUUCCCAAAUAAAAUUAAAAAAAAACACUGACUUACACGGUAAGCUCACAAGUAGAGAUGUUUUCUCCACUCAGCAUGGAAUGUUAAGACAUUAAAGAAAAAGUUCCAUC